AUGGCAGCCUCGGGGAUCCAUUCACACCCCCGCCAUGAGGUACAUGAAACAGGACCCAAGAUGGUCAAUCGCCUGGCGCAGAGUAGAUCUCCCUAUGUCCGAGGACACUCGAACAAUCCCGUCGCGUGGCAAACGUGGGAUGCGGAAGCUAUGGAGCUUGCCAAGAAGCAUAAUCGACUGAUCUUCCUGAGCAUCGGUUAUUCUGCGUGUCACUGGUGCCAUGUCAUGGAAAAAGAAUCAUUCAUGUCACCGGAAGUGGCGUCGAUCCUAAAUGAGUCUUUCGUCCCGAUCAAGGUUGAUCGCGAAGAACGUCCUGACAUUGAUGACAUCUACAUGAACUAUGUCCAGGCCACCACGGGCUCUGGCGGUUGGCCUUUGAACGUCUUCUUGACUCCAAACCUGGAGCCAGUGUUUGGUGGUACUUACUGGCAAGGCCCUAAUUCAACGACCUUCAUGGGCCCGGAUGCGAUUGGCUUCGUUGAGAUUCUGGAGAAGCUGAGAGAUGUCUGGCAAACACAACAGCAGCGCUGCCUUGAUAGUGCAAAGGACAUUACCAAGCAGCUGAGAGAAUUCGCCGAGGAAGGAACUCACUCUCAUGGAGAGCGCGAGGUGGACGAGGAUAUGGACAUUGAGCUUCUAGAGGAAGCCUACCAGCAUUUCGCAUCUCGUUACGACUCGAUCAACGGCGGAUUCGGCCGCGCACCCAAGUUUCCUACUCCCUCGAACCUCAGCUUCCUACUCCGACUCGGUGGCUACCCGACUGAGAUUAAGGAUAUUGUAGGGCAGGAUGAGUGUGAACAAGCAACCGCCAUGGCUGUCACUACCUUGGUGAACAUGGCUCGCGGUGGAAUUCGGGAUCAUCUCGGUCAUGGAUAUGCGCGCUAUAGUGUGACGACGGAUUGGAGUCUCCCUCAUUUCGAGAAGAUGCUUUACGACCAGGCGCAGCUGUUGGACGUCUAUGUGGAUGCAUUCCGUUUGACUCAUGACCCUGAACUUCUCGGUGCUGUGUAUGAUCUUGCCGCCUACUUGACUACAGAGCCACUGCAAUCGCCCACUGGAGGAUUCUUCUCUUCUGAAGACGCGGACAGCUACCCAAGCCCCAAUGACACAGAAAAGCGCGAGGGUGCUUUUUAUGUCUGGUCAUUCAAGGAACUAACUCAAGUUCUCGGUCCUCGAGAUGCCCCUGUUUGCGCACAACACUGGGGUGUCCUUCCCGAUGGCAACGUCGCACCGGAGUACGACCCACACGACGAGUUCAUGAACCAAAACGUGUUUUCCAUCCGGGCCACACCAAGCAAGCUUGCCAAGGACUUUGGUCUCAGCGAGGAGGAGGUGGUCAAGAUCAUCAAGACUGGAAAACAGAAGCUGCACGACUACCGUGAACGAACACGCGGGCACCCAGACCUAGAUGACAAGAUAAUUGUGGCAUGGAACGGUCUGGCAAUCGGGGCACUCGCCAAGUGCAGCACUCUCUUUGAGGAGAUUGAGAGUUCCAAGGCUGUACAGUGCCGAGAGGCUGCAGCACGUGCGAUCAGCUUCAUCAAAGAGAACCUCUUCGACAAGGCCUCUGGACAGCUCUGGCGCAUCUACCGUGAUGGCAGCCGUGGCGAUACUCCCGGCUUCGCCGAUGAUUACGCAUACUUGACCAGUGGCCUACUCGACAUGUACGAAGCCACUUUCGACGACAGCUAUCUUCAAUUUGCCGAGCGACUGCAAGAGUACCUGAACGAAUACUUCCUGGCCGAAUCAGGCUCUACUUCUACCGGAUACUACAGCACCUCGUCAGUCACCACCCCCGGCAUGCCCGGCCCACUCCUUCGUUUGAAGACCGGCACCGAGUCCGCUACACCUUCUGUGAACGGCGUGAUUGCACGCAAUCUCCUGCGUUUGGCAGCCCUCCUCGAGGAUGAGAGCUAUCGGAGCCUGGCCCGACAGACCUGCAAUUCUUUCGCAGUGGAGAUCAUCCAGCAUCCAUUCCUAUUUGUCGGAUUACUGGACGUGAUCGUAGGUCUUCAGAUCGGCACUCGCACAGUGACAGGCGUUUUCUCUACCGCUGAACUCUCUUCGAGUCUUGGCCGAACCGAAGAACCCCUGUCGGCACGAGACCUAAUCAGGCGGCGGGUCCGGGCCAAGGCUGGCAUGGCAGUGUCCUCAUCCAUCGUAGUGACUUCGCUUAUCGACAUCCGUCCCACUCAUCUGAAAGACUUUGUCGGCAACCAGUCGUUCUGGCUGAAGUCACGCAACCCGCUCUUCAAAGAACUCAAAGCCGCCGAGCCGGCCAAGAAUUACCUAAUGGUGUGUGAAGCGGGAAAAUGCACGACAGCUGACCUAUAG